AUGAGGAUAGCUUUGAAAACCAAGAAGAAACUUGGGUUUAUAAAUGGUACAUUACCUAUGCCUGAAGAAACCGAUCCUGACUAUGAAGCUUGGGAUCAGAGUAAUACCAACGUGAUGGGUUGGAUUCUCAAUUCCCUGCUCAACUCCAUAGCUGAAGCUGUUAUGGACAACGAGACAGCCCAAGACCUAUGGAAGGAUCUUCAGGAGCGAUAUGGAGAAGCUGAUUCCAUUCGCUUGGCUCAUGUCAAGGGACUGAUUGCCAACUGCAAACAAGGAGAUAACAAUGUAACUGAGUACUACAACAGGCUAGGGGUUUUAUGGACAGAAUAUUUAUCUUUCAAAUCCAUACCAGCUUGUGAAUGCAGUGGCACACUACAUACCAUGUCCUGUGCAACUUAUGCAGCUGUUAAAGAAUCUCAGGAACAGGACCACACUAUUGACUUCAUCAUAGGUUUAAGUGACUCAUUUGAGCUCACCAAGAAUCAGCUAUUACUUAUGGACCCUGCCCCAAGCUUGAAACUAGCCUACAAGCACGCUCUCAAACUCAAGAGACAAAUGGGUAAACAGCCUACCAAAGAAGCAACUGGGGUAGACUCAGUAGCUUUAGCUGCUGUGAAUUCAAACAAGGGGAAGGACCAAAGGUCUGAUUACCCCCGUGGGAACAGAACAAACACAUAUCAGGGAAGCUACCCUGGAAACAGCAACCCAAGGAGCAACAAUGACAGCACCAGCAACAACCAGCAGGGUCUCUUCUGCAACUACUGCAAGAAAACAAACCACAACAUAGCAGACUGCUGGAAACUGAAGAGGAAGAGAGGAGAAAUGCCUGGACAAGCUUAUGCAGCAGCAGCAACCAACAGUAGUGGCACCAGUGAGCAAGCUUCAGACAACCCUAGUGGAGACAAUGAGCACACCUACAAGCCAAGCAACACAACAACCCUGAGGCUCACUACUGAUGACUGCAACAGACUGAUGAUGCUGCUGCAACAGACCAAUGGAAAUCACCAGUCACAACCUGCAAUUCAACCACAAGCACACUCAGUAUCAAGGCACCUGAACCCCAUGCCAAACAAUGCAGGCCCUUCCUUCACAGAAGAGGAUUGGUUUUGCAAGAGAGGUUAA